UCCUUAAAACCGCCUGCAUCUCUGUCUCCCCCACGAAAACCACCCACCCCACCUUCAGAAUCACCUCUCUAUUUCUCUGCACCGAAACCACCACGCCAUCUCCAAAACCACCUCUCUCUCUCUCUCUCUCUAGACGUAGGUUGUAGCCAUGCACGCGAAGUCGGACUCGGAGGUGACGAGCCUGGCACCGAGCUCACCUCGUCGGCCGCUUUACUACGUUCAGAGCCCAUCGCGCCACGAUGGUUCCAUCGAGUCGACCCCCAUGGCUUCCCCCCACCACUCUCGUGAGCCCUCCGCUGCAACCACCACCGCCCGAUUCUCCGGCAUCCUCCACCACCAUCGCCUUCCUGGCGCACCCUGGAAAUCCUACCACGCUAUCGAAGACGAGGACGAGGAGGAGAGAGAGCCCUUGCCAUUUGCUUGCUAUGUUAUUCUAUUUAUCCUGUCUUUCUCUCUGCUCUUCUCUCUCUUCUCCCUCAUCUUGUGGGGUUCUAGCCUGCCCUACUCUCCUGAUAUUAAAAUGCAGAGCGUGAGGUUCAGGAGUUUCAAUGUCCAUGCUGGUUCAGACCCGUCAGGGGUGCCAACCAAGAUCCUCUCCAUUAACGGUACCGUGAAGCUCUCUUUCAGGAACCCUGCAACUUUCUUCGGUGUUCAUGUCACCUCCACUCCUAUCAUCCUACACUAUGACAGCCUCAAGAUCGCUUCUGGUGAUAUGAUAAAGUUUUAUCAGUCAAGGAAGAGCCAGAGGCUUGUUCAAACAGUGGUUCAAGGAGAUGAGAUUCCUCUUUAUGGAGGGGGCUCAAACUUGAGCAGCUCAGACCAAGACAAUAUGAAAGUGAAACUUAACCUAAGCUUUGUGAUCAGAUCAAGGGCUUAUGUUUUGGGGAAACUGGUGAAACCCAAGUUCUAUAAAAGGAUUCAAUGCUCUGUGGUAUUGGACAAGAGGAAGCUUGAAAAACCCAUCUCUCUCAAGAAUUCCUGCACUUACAGGUAGAGAGAGAAACAUUAGGCCGUUUGAUUUUGGACUUGGGGGAAAUCGAAUACCCUUCUUUCUCUCAACGAUUUAGGCCAGACUCCCCUCACGAUUUUGUAGAAAGAUAAACAUGGUGCUAGUUGAUAAUGGAUUCAGGGGAGUCUUCUUUCUCUCUCUAGACUGUCCUGUUCAUAGAUUAUCCUUUCUCUCUCUAGACUAUACUGUUCAUAGUUUAUCCUAUCUCUCUCUAGACUAUCAUGUUUAUAAUUCAUAAACUAGAGAGAGACAAGAUGUCUGGUAAUUUUAAAAUUCGGACUUUUGAGUGCCCUCCAUUUGUGUACCCUGCGUCGCUUGAUGGAGAAAGAAACGACAUGCUGAUCGUGUGCGUCCUCUAUCAGUGGACGGUGCAGAUAUGGGAUGAGAUGUCGUUACGUCAUGAUAUAAAAUCUUGAUCGUUUAAUCUCACAA